UAACAGCUGCCUUAUGAGAUAGAGAGUCAUCAAACAUGCCUUCGGCUUUCUUAAUUAAAUGUUGAGAGAUAAAUAGCAUUUAAACAUAUUAAGUGCUGGAAUUCUGAGAACCAAUACGCUGAUUUCACAUAACACAGGAAACAUCAGCCAAUAAUAAUUUUGCAGGUAUGCCGCGACGCUAUCAAAAAGCAAAAAAUUUGGCCAAAUUUAGUGCCCAGCUUAGGACCAAAACCAGCGAUAAUGGUUUCGAUUCCAGUAUGGAAUUUCCGGAGGAUGAAGAGGCAGGCGAUGAGAUUGGACCAGAGCAGCAUUUACAACGGACUCUGGAGAACGCGCCGCAUUUUUCCUACCCGGCUUGGAAUACUGGAAUGCUAGGCCAAAUACUCCAUCAACAGGACGAGGAUGAGGCGCAGGACUUUCCCAACUGCUCGGUCACGGUGCCACUCCCAAUUUUCUUGGCCCAAGAUGCUCAGACUCCUCGCGUGGAGGUCUGCGCCCAAAGACCCCAUGCCUACGACGAAUGGAUGCGUCAAUUGCACUUCUAUAAAGCUAGUUUCGAUAAGGGCACCAAAAGGAUGAAACAACGGGAGAAGAAAAAGGAGCAGGAGAUCCAUGAUGUGAGUCUAUAUGAGAUGGCCGAGCAUAUUGCCCGGCAGGAAAACGCCUUCUUCCGGGACAGCUACGAUUACUAUUACACAGGCGGAAAUCUCAACACGUUGACACUUGAAGGAGACGGUCACCUGGCCAUGCAUGUCAGUGGUGAUAAGCUUAGGGAUCUGCACUUUUCAGAGAUUAAUAGUGAAGCAGAAUUGUGGCAUCCACUACAUUCGGCUAAAAUGGAUGAGCCCUCCAGCGAACUCUUUCAACUCCUUCCCCUGAAGAGUUGGCGGGGAAAUAGUGAUAAAAUGCUCCUGGCACGCUUUCUAAACGAAGUGUCCCUGUACGAGCUGAAACGCAGAGAGGAUAUGGAAUUCGAAAGCUACGAAUUAAUUUGCCAUAGCAAGUUGAGCAGUAAAGAAGUUCCGUUCCUUAGUGCCUCACAAUCGUUGGGUAAUGCUAAUACCUUGGCCUUGGCUUACCAGGAUCGCUCUUUACGUUUUCUGGACCUUGUGACCCAACAGGAUAUAGCCAAACAUGAUGUUUGUUUGUUCAAGGGAUUGAAACAAACCACGAGUACUUGGGCUCAGCUAAUGCCAGCAGGCGGUAGCACCUUCCACUAUCUCUCACAGCCUGUUCUGUUUACCGUGGAUGCGAGAUGCGGUCAGCCACUUAAUCCGUGCUUUGCCAGCAGCCUUCACUCUAAGAACUGCGAGAUCUUCUCUUGCAUGGCCAGGAGUGUGAAUCCCAAUCUUCUGUAUGUGGCUAGCAAUCACAAACUCCACUGUUUGGACAUCAGAUGUUUGGGUAAAAAACUGGCUGAUCGUGCUGUGGUUACUUGGACGCAUCAGAUGACCUAUCCACCCAGUUUUAUGGACACAUGCGACAACGACGGCAGUGAGUAUAUUGCUCUAGCUGGAGUUCUUCCUACAGAUCAGCGUAUUUGUCAGCUGAAAGGACAUAUGGCCAAGAGUGUGGAUGAAAUGUUCUCGCCCGCUAUCCCAUUUGCUCCUCCGAGCUUAGACGAAGCUUUAACAGAUGCUCGAUUGAGAGGUUUUGUGGAUGUUUAUGCCGAUCUUACGGAACGAGUGAAGACCUGCUUAACAGGACUGCGCUUUCAUCGAUUGGAGGAGGCCAGUGACAAAGCUUUUGCUCAGCUCUUGACAGCCAACAGCUUGGGUGAUGUCUUCUGUCAAAGACUAACGCUCAGAGACGAAGAGGAGCACGUCCAAGAGAUCAGAACUGGACUUCACACCACCGAGGCUAUCCGCUACUAUGCGAAUCUCGUCCACGAGCGCGUUCAACGCCAAAACCUCCGCUGCACCGAAGUCCAGUCAAUACCUGAAAUAAGAUAUAUCUUUCGAGAAAGCGCCAAGAGAUCGCAACCAGAUGAAAAACCUCUUAUCGUAGAGGAAAUUGAAAUAGAUUAUGGUAUAAAGGAUACAGAUGAUGAGAGCCAAAGCUCCCAAGAACUAGAGACGUCGAAGCCCAAAAAAAAUGUUAAAGAGAAACCUGGAAAAAAACCAAAGAAAAAACUAAAGCAGCAACACAAAAAUAUCAAUCCGAAAAAAGUGAAUUUAAAAAAGCACAAGGGCAUCAGUCGUGGAUCCUGGCAAAAGUCAGCUUACCAGAUGUCUCACUACACGGACAUGAUGUCGAUCCGAUUGCUGGAUGUCUGGGAUAUGGAGGAAUACGACAACACGCGAGAUGUUACCAGGGAAAUGUUACAGGAGCGGUUGCAGGAUGAGCAACUGGAGCCGGAACACCGCAUGGCCAAUUGGUUAAACCAACUACCUAGCCAGCCAGAGGAGGUGGAGGGACAUCCCGACCUGGUGCCGGGAACCAAUCUUCCCAAGCUGUAUGGCGCCACUACAGCGGAGUUCUCAGAAGUUGUAGUCCUUGAGGCUAACGGGCCUAUAAAAGAGCCACUAUUAAGUCCCAAAAAGGAACCGUCUGUGGUGACGCACGAGCAUUCUAUUUUAAUGCCUGGCCAGAAUACUAUAAUCGAGUGCGAUUUUAAUCCGCCGCCUGCUAAGAAACUCAAAACUAAAUUUGUAAAGGGAUUCUAGCUUAAG